AUGGCUCCUUCAGCGGUCCAGGUCAGCCAGGACGAUGUUGCUCGUUUGCCAUUGAAGCUUGAUGGCAAGAAUGGCACCAAGCAUGCGGAGGAUGUUCAAAUGAUGGAGUCGCAGGACAAGACACAAUUCGUGCUCGGUUGCUACAGAGUACUUAUUGCAGAUCUAUGUCAACAAUUCAAUAUGGGCCACCCUGGCUCUGCCAUGGGUAUGGCAGCAAUCGGUAUCGCGCUUUGGAAAUAUGUCAUGAAAUACUCUCCCAGCAACCCGGACUGGGUCAACAGGGAUCGAUUCGUGCUUUCCAACGGCCACGCAUGUCUUUUCCAGUAUUCGUUCCUACAUCUUGUGGGCUACCAGAACAUGACUUUCGAGCAAUUGGUCAGCUAUCAUUCCGAUCGAUGGGAUUCGUAUUGUCCUGGUCAUCCAGAGAUUGAGCACCCUGGUAUCGAGGUCACUACUGGACCACUUGGACAGGGUCUUGCGAAUGCUGUUGGUUUGGCUAUGGCGUCGAAGCAUAUUGGUGCGCAGUAUAACAAGCCUGGUUGUGAGGUCAUCAACAACAUGACCUGGUGUACGAUCGGCGAUGCUUGCUUGCAGGAGGGUGUGGGCAUGGAGGCGAUUCAGUUGGCUGGUCACUGGAGACUCAACAACCUCUGUGUGAUCUUCGACAACAACAACAUUACUUGCGACGGAUCGGCCGAUAUUGCCAUGUCCGACGACACAAACACAAAGAUGCGAGCAUGUGGCUGGGAUGUGCUGGAGGUCGAGGAUGGCAACUCGGAUGUUGCGAGCAUCGUCAAGGCACUCGUAGCCGCGCGAGCGAACAAGGAGAAGCCCACUUUCAUCAACAUCAAGACAACCAUUGGUGUGAGCAGCAAGAAGGCGAACACGGCUGGUGUGCACGGUGCCCCUCUCGGCAAGGAGGAUAUCGAAUACAUCAAGAAGGCCAAUGGCAUGGACGUGAACAAGCAUCUCGAUAUUCCACAAGAAGUGUACGACUUCUUCCGGGAAGCUGUACCGCGUGGUAAGGAGUUGGAAAAGGACUAUGCUCAUGUCACUGCGAAGUACAAUAAGGAGCAUGCCGAUCUUGCUGCGGAGUUCACCAAGAGAAUGAAGGGCGAGCUUGUUGGUGACUUUACGCAGUGCAUUCCCAGCAAGGACUCGCAGCCAUCCAAAGCCGAACCCUCUCGAAAGUCUGCUGGUAACGUUGGUGUGGCGCUCGCGGAGAACAUUCCAAACGUCAUGAUUGGCACCGCCGAUCUCUCGCCCUCCGUCAACUUGUCCUCGAAGAAGAAGGUCGACUUCCAAAGCCCGAACGUCAAGGUCUCCAGCGGUCCCAAUGGCGACUACACUGGUCGAUACAUCCACUGGGGUAUCCGCGAGCACGCUAUGGCUUCCGUCUCGAACGGUCUCGCUGCUUUCCAGAAGGGUGCGAUCUUGCCAGUCACAUCCAGCUUCUUCAUGUUCUACAUCUAUGCUGCACCCGGUGUUCGUAUGGGUGCUCUUCAAAGCCUGCAGGUCAUUCAUAUCGCUACCCACGACUCGAUCGGUACUGGUGAGGAUGGUCCUACACAUCAGCCUAUCGAGCUUGCCACUCUCUACCGCGCCAUGCCCAACUUCCUCUACAUCCGUCCAUGUGACGCUGAGGAAGUCGCUGGUGCUUGGACAGCAGCAGUCAGCGCCAAGGAUACGCCUUCCAUGAUCUCUGUCGCUCGUCAAGACGUCACUCAAUACCCAGGUCACUCCGACCGCAAUGGUGUGCUGAAGGGCGCAUACGUCUUCAUGGAGGAGCAAGACGCCGAUGUCACUCUCAUCGGUGUUGGUGCGGAAAUGAAAUUUGCUGUCGGCACCGCCAAACUUCUCAAGGAGAAGCACGGUAUCAAGGCCCGCGUCGUUUCGUUUCCAUCGUGGCGACUCUUUGAACAACAACCCAUCGAGUACAAGCGCAAGGUCCUGCAGUACCGCUCGAAGGCUCCUCGCGUCGUCAUCGAGGCCUACUCUGUCAAUGGCUGGGAGCGAUACGCCGACGCCGGAUACUCGAUGCACUCUUUCGGUCACUCACUGCCCAGGAACGACAUCUACCCUCGCUUCAACUUCGACGAUGAGAAGAUCGCCGCGAAGAUUGCGCCGUUGGUCGAUGAGGCGAAGCAGUAUGGCAUGGAGAACUUCCGUGGCGAGUUCCGGGAUCUUAACAUGGAUUACACGAGGGACGUGUUCCAUAGCCCGCAAGGUACCAUCCACGCACCUUCAUAG